AAGAGUGAUAUGUAAAUGUAAUUUAUAGUCUAUGGUGCUUUUAAUAAUUUACAAUAAUUAACAAGGUUGUGGAUACUGUGACUUAUCUGUUGAAAGAAAUUUGUAAAAAAAAAACAGGAAUUUACAAAGCGAGAUGAAUGCACCUCCAACCUUUGAAUCGUUCUUGCUAUACGAAGGAGAAAAAAAGAUAAUAAAAGAACAAGAUACCAAAGUGCCAAAUGCUGCAAUUUUUACAAUCAAUAAAGAGGAUCAUACUUUAGGAAAUAUGAUUCGGAAUCAAUUACUAAAAGAUCCUCAAGUAUUAUUUGCUGGUUACAAAGUUCCUCAUCCACUAGAACACAAGUUUGUUAUUAGAAUACAAACUACAUCAGAUUAUACUCCACAUGAAGCCUUUAUGCAUGCUAUCACUGACUUGAUUGCAGAACUUUCAUUGUUUGAGGAACGUUUUAAAGAAGCAAUCAAGGAGAAGAAGGAAGGUUUGGAUUAAAUAGACGAGCUGAAAAUAUAUCCAUGUAUAUUUUAUUAAACUUUCUUUUAUUUAAUUCUUAGUCCUUUAAAACAUGAUAUGUAUAUUAAAUAUGACAAAUACAUUUGUAAAUAAUUUAAACAUAUUUAAUUGUACUAAGUCUUGAACUUUAUAUAUGUGUAUAUUCCAUAUUUGUAAAUAUUUUAAAAACUAAUAUUUAUA